CACCUACAAGGAAUCAAAAUCAAAGCUUUCCCUAUGCCUAAUAUUCAUCGAAUUGCUGGCCAAGUUUUAGUUUGAAUGGGAAAAGAAAAAAUCUUUUCAUAUGAUUUUAUAAAUUAUGUUCCGUUGAGAAAAACUUACCAAAGCUUUACAAUGAAAUCAAGUUUCGCCUUCAUCGCCCUUUUAAUCUCCGUCAGUUUCAUCAUCGCCUCAGCUGCUAAAAUCGGACACGUCAUCACUUUCCGAUCAUCGAAUCUCUACCCGGAGUCAUUCACUUGGGAUCCAAAAUCUCACAAAUUCAUCGUCGGCGGUACUCGUCAUCAGAAACUCCUCUCUAUUUCAGAAUCCGGUGUAGCUGAAACCCUAAUCUUCGAUACGGAUUUACCGGAAAAUUCCUCCUUCCUCGGCCUCACAAUCGACCGUCGUAAGAAUCGCCUCCUUGCUUGCAUUCACCGUUCCCCGUUCAACGCGCUCGCCGCCUACGACCUCCAAUCCCGCCGCCGCAUUUUCCUCACCCCGCUCCUUGACAAAAACGACCAAAAUCCGAUCGCUGCCGUAACGGAGAUAAUCCACCCAGCCGCCGCAAACGACGUCGCAGUUGAUUCCUCCGGGAAUGCUUACGUCACCAAUUCCGAUGGGGACUUCAUCUGGAAAGUGAACCCCGACGGCGACGCUUCGAUUUUCUCGAGAUCGGAGGUCUUCAAAUCUCAUCCCGUGGACGUCACCGUAAACUACCACAGAUGCGGACUAAACGGCAUCGUUUUCAUCUCCGAUGGAUAUUUACUCGUCGUCCAAUCAAAUACCGGCAAAAUGUACAAAGUCAACGUUAACGAUGGAACGGCCAAGACCGUUAAAUUAAACAAGGAUUUAACGGCGGCUGAUGGAAUAGCCGUUAAAAGGGACGGCGUAAUUGUAGUAGUGAGUCAGCACAAGCUUUAUUAUUUAAAGAGCGAGAAUAAUUGGGAUGAGGGAGUAGUAUUUGACGAAACUGCCCUUGAUGUAGAAGGGUUUGCUACGGCGGUUAUAGUGGGGAAUAGGAAGAGGGUGCAUGUGUUAUAUGGGCAUGUAAUGGAGGGUAUAAUGGGAAAUGAAAAUAGAGAAGAAUUUAGUAUAGUGGAAAUAGAGGAAGAUGAAGAUAAAGAAGAUAAUAUAUGGUUGUUUGUGUUAAUUGGAUUUGGGUUAACUUAUUUUUUGUUUUGGAGAUUUCAGAUGCGUAGACUUGUUCAAAAUAUGGAUAAGAGAGUAGCUUAGGUUUUUAUUAUUUUACUUUCAUUUUUAUCUUCUUUUUUUUUCCUUGUUUCAUGUACUACUUGUUUUGGUAAUUUUAUUUUCAUAAAUGACAAGUUUUUUCCUAGUG